AGUUUGACAACUGCACUGUAUAUAGACUGAUAUAGACAAUGGCCAACGUAAAAUGUAAUCCUGAUUUGGUUCGUGAAAGAGCUAAGUGCAGUUUUGAUGUUAAUGAACUCAUACAUCUUAUUGAUGGUGGAGAAAAUGCGACGAAGGAGAAGAGGCAUUUUGAGGAAACAAUAUUUAGUGUGAAGGAGUUGCAAGAUGCUGUACCAGAGGAGUAUCUCAGCCACAAGGAUCGCUACGAGAACGCUGUCAGGAAAGCUACCAUCCUACGGGACGUGUGUAGAGAAUAUAUGAAGAAAUACAAUUACAAGCCAAAUCGAUUUCGUGUCGGCCAUGGUGUUUUCAAGGAUGUUUCUCCAUUCUUACUUCAUGAUGGAAUGUUCGUUGCUACUAUCAUCGGACAGGGAACCCCCGAGCAGCAAGCCGAAUGGCUGCCUAAAGCUGAGAACAUGCAGAUUAUUGGAACCUAUGCCCAGACUGAGCUUGGUCAUGGCUCUUUUAUCCGAGGGCUAGAAACAAGAGCCACUUACGAUCCAAAAACUGAAGAAUUUAUUUUGAAUAAUGCAACUCUAUCGUCCUUCAAGUGGUGGCCUGGCGGAUUAGGAAGCACAGUCAACCAUUGUAUUGUAGUGGCCCAAUUGUUCAUAAAUGGAAAAUCUUAUGGAAUACAACCCUUUAUAGUCCAAAUUAGGGACCUUAACACACACAAACCUCUACCCGGAGUUAAAGUCGGUGAGAUUGGGCCAAAAAUGGGUUUCCAGACGGCAAAUAAUGGCUUCUUAGGGUUUGAAAACUUCAGAAUACCUAGAAUGAAUAUGCUCAUGAAGAAUGCUCAAGUACUAAAGGAUGGAACAUUCGUGAAAGGUAUGAACGAAAAGUUAACAUAUGGCACUAUGGUGAUGGUACGCGUCGGUAUCGUCGGCGACUGUUCCUUAAACACGUCAUUGGCCGCCACAAUAGCUGUCAGAUACUCUGCCGUGAGGCACCAGUCGAAGAUCAAAGCUAAGGAACCAGAAGUUCAAAUCCUGGAUUAUGUGACGCAACAGCACAAGCUGUUCAUAGCCAUAGCCAGCAGUCACGUAUUCCGAAAUGUUUACUCUUGGUUGAGUAAGUCUUACCUGAAUGUCAUGAAGGAUUUGGCCCAAGGCAAACAAGACCAUCUACCGGAGCUCCAUGCAACAGCGUGCUGUCUCAAAGCUGUAUGCUCAAGGGAUGCGGGUUCAGUAGUGGAGGAGUGUCGCCUAGCUUGCGGCGGGCACGGCUACAUGACGUCAUCUAACCUGCCGCUUGUGUAUGGGUUCACCAUCGCGACUGUCACCUACGAGGGGGAGCAGACGGUGUUGCUGCUGCAGACUGCCAGAUAUUUAGUCAAGGCAUGGCUUGCUGCUUUACAAGGCAAAGUAUUGGCACCAAGCGUCUCUUACUUGUCGGAUUGGUUGAAAAACGAUAAUGUAAGAUGGCAAAAUACGCCAGAGGGCAUAGUGAAAGGAUUUCAGCAUGUAGCAGCCGGCAAAGUAAAAGCAGCUUACGAUACAAUUCAGAAAUACAUUAAAUUAGGAAAAGAUUAUGAGGAUGCUUGGAACCUAGCUUCAGUGCAACUUAUGAAAGCUAGUGAAGCACAUAGUCGUUCAAUAUUAUGCGAGGUCUCCUGGGGAGAAGUCAUCCGUACUUCGGCAUCUCCAAACCUGUUACAAGUGUUAAAGCAGUUGGCACAGCUGUACCUGGUCUAUUGGACGUUGGAAACUAGCGGAGACUUUCUGGUGUAUUCCAAUAUCAGUAAAGACGACAUCGCAAUAUUAAGAGAGAAAUAUGAGGAGUUAUUGGCAGCUAUACGACCAAAUGCAGUUGGAUUGGUUGAUGCUUUUGAUUUAAGAGAUGAGAUUCUGCAUUCGACCUUGGGUUCGUACGACGGUCGCGUGUACGAGCGACUGAUGGAGGAAGCCCUCAAGAGUCCACUCAACCAGGAGUCAGUCAACGCGAGCUUCCACAAGUACCUGAAGCCAUUGAUGGAGAAAGCUAAGCUUUAAUAUAUCAAUUCGAAAUGUUAAUGUAUAUAAUAUUAUAAGCACAAUUGUAUAACCCUCUAAUGUAUAAUAUUAUUGGAGACUGAACUAGACCCUUAUACAAUCUGAAAUUAGCCGUUUGUUUCUUAAAAACUAAUAAAUAAAUUACUCGAUAGCAAUAGGGUAUUUGACGCUUUUCUGAAAACUAUAUUAAACGGUUGUUUGAUACAUUACAAACACACUGUCUCUAUGUAAUGGCACUGAACACGUGGUAUUUGUGACGUCACAUAACGGUGAUAUGUAAUUCAAGGCGACAAAACCAAUUCAUCAACUAUUUAUUUACGAAGUAAACAAAAAGUAUUACAGAAGAGAAAUUGAAGUAAAAUUCUAUGUUCUGUAUUUGUAUCUACUCUGGUUUUGUUUAUAAAAAUCAGCUACAUUAUUGUAUGUAGGUAUAAAUACAAAUUCUGCGUGUCUUGAAUAACACUGUUUUGACAUAACAGCUUCCUGUUUACGUGUGACGUCAUAUGCCGGUAACAGUUAUUGGUUACGAUGACAAACAAUUACAGGGCGUUUACGUUUCAUUAUAUUUCCAAAAAUGUUGCAUUCUCUUCACGGCAUUUUACUAAAGCUUAACAUAUUUUGUCUGCAGAUUCUAAGAAAUAAACUUUUUUAGAUUAUUAUCUAACAGGAUGACCAUAGUACGCAACUUCAUUUUAAUUGUGUCAAAUACCCUAUAGUACGACGUUUAUUUGACGUCACAUUUGCAGGUUAGUUAUAUGUAUUAUAUAGUUAUGUGUAUUUAAAUAAUGCUAUAUAGUUAAUUAAAAACUUUGUUACAUACAUUAAAUUAAACAGUUUAGAGCAUUUUCAGGUUAAAGUGGGUAAAGUUGGUAAAAUAAUUUACUAAGGCGACGCCUAAAGAAAAAUCGAUUAUUUCAAAUUGUUAACAAGAUCAUUUAUAACCCAGAAAACUAAAGCCUAAGUGUUUAUUUGGACAAAAGGGUUUUUUUUCUUUAUGAAAAUAAAACAAAAAAAAUGCCUUUGUAAUUGAACCUUUAUAUAUGCCAGGAAUUUAAUUGAAAAUAGUAUUUGACACUCUGUAACAAUUUCGUGCAAUGGCUCAUGGGACUGUAUGUUUCAUUGAUGGGCCCAAAGAGUAAAGUUUCGUUUCGUCAUCUCUUCUCUUAGACUUCAUACAAAUUCAAAUGCCACACUUUAAAAAAAUUUACAUAUUGUAUAAUACGCGACGCGUUAGUUGAACUUGUAUGGCGACUGUGCAGUACGACUUUUUGGGGUCUUAAAGGAGGUGUGGGGUGAGACGCAAAUCGGAACCAUAGCAACGCAGUAUUCUGGAGACCCGGAUCGUGCGCAAAAAAAUCUCCAUUUUGAUUCAACUAAUGCGCCGCGCAUUGUGGUUUUAUUUUUAAUUGUUAUGAAAUGUUACAUGAAGUUACAUGAUUAUGAUAUUCACAUUUUCAUAUUUAAAUAAAUUUAUUUUUAAGUACCCUACAUACUUAUCUAAUAUAUUUUU